AGACAUCUGAGAGAACAUGACGAUGUAUGUUUGCAGAGAAAACCGUCAACUCCAACAGCCUAAAAGUUCCUUUCUCGUCGGUCUUAAACCAAACUUGUCGAUCUCAAUAUAAAAGAGUUGACGAUGUUUGGCUACUGCAGCAAGAAACCAGAGAUAAGUUGCUUUCACACCUCUUCUGGAAAUCAACCUCCAUGCAAUUUCUUAUAUUGACCGUCUCUCUGUAAUUUCUUCCCCAAUCGCUUUGUUAUGACAUCAUAGCGAAUAAAUAUUUUGAAAUCCGGUGAAAUGGGACAGCCGCCGAGGAGGACUGCGGAAUUUGAGGAGUUCGCCGCCGAGGUGGAAGAGGAGCUGCUUCUUCUGCCGCCGCUCAACUUCGCGGUGGUUGAAACCGGUGUUUUCCGUUCAGGGUUUCCCGAAACUGACAAUUUUAAAUUUCUUCAAACUCUCCGGCUUCGUUCUGUAGUGUAUUUGUGUCCGGAGGAAUACCCGGAGGCCAACAUGGAGUUUCUAAAUGUAAAUGGGAUUAGGCUCUUCCAUUUUGGAAUUGAGGGGCGCAAGGAACCAUUUGUCAACAUCCCAGAAGAGAUGAUCCGUGAGGCUCUCAAAGUUGUCCUUGAUGUCCGAAAUCACCCACUGCUGAUCCAUUGUAAAAGAGGAAAGCAUCGUACGGGAUGUGUAGUUGGGUGCUUAAGAAAACUGCAAAGAUGGUGUUUGUCUUCAGUAUUUGAUGAGUACCGGCUGUUUGCCGCUGCGAAAGCAAGAGUUUCUGAUCAAAGGUUCAUGGAGAGGUUCGAUGUAGCCAGCUUGAAACAUCCAUCACCGCCAUUUUCCUGUUUAAAAGGAUCAGCAUUUGCUUGAAUCGGCUUCCUUAUUGCAACGAGAAAGUUUGAUUAAUCAUGUGUAUGAGUCUGGCUUUAACAGGUAAAGAUCUACUAUCAUAUGAUUUGGAAUAUUUAGGUGGUUUGUAGAGCAGGUGGCAGUGAUUGUCUGUUUUCUACCUCUCUAAAACCAACUUGUAGAUAAUUUUAAGAGCAAUUCCAUGCAAGUGGAUUGCCUUUUUGAGUAAAUUUGAGAUUUUUGCCAUAUUAUGUAAUUGAACAAUGUAACAAUUAUGUUCUUAAGAAAUCAUUUCAUUAUGCUUAGAUAAAAGA